AUGGACGGUGGUUCAACAGACCAGGAGAAACUUGCCCCAAGGACACAUAUGGAGCUGAAACUGGUCAAGCUCUGGGCGCAAGUCCUCGAUCUUGACGACUCUCAGAUAGGCAAGCAAGACAACUUCUUCCGGAUGGGGGGCCACUCGAUCCUGGCGAUGAAGCUCGUGGGUGCCGCAAGAAAGGCUGGUCUGAAGCUCACAGUCGCCCUUAUCUUCCAAUACCCAAGACUGGCCAAUCUCGCCACAGUAGCGGAGACCAUUGGGGAAGACGAUACCGAGCAUAAACCCACCGUCGUUCCACCUUUCUCGCUCUUACCUGACAUAAUCGACCCCUUCCUACUUCGAGAACAGGUUGGCGAUAUUUGCGGUGUCGGCAGCGAUUCUGUUGUCGAUGUCUACCCUUGCACCCCGCUUCAAGAGGGCAUGCUGGCACUUAGUGUCGUUCAGACAGGCAACUACGUUCUGCAAAGCGUGUUGGAAAUAUCGUCGGCGGUGGGCGAACGUCGUAUUCGCAACGCUUGGGAGAAGACAGUGGAUGCGUUGCCAAUUUUACGAACCCGCAUCGCACAGCAUUCGACACUCGGGCUGAUCCAAGUCGUCCUUGACGAAGGUGUCAUGUGGCAAGUUGGAGAUGAUCUGGAAGAGUAUCUCAGGAUGGACAAAGAAACUGUCAUGAAUCUCGGAGGGCCUCUCGGAAGGUAUGGAAUUGUUACUGACCGUAGAACAGGCACGACCUUUUUCGCGGUAACGAUACAUCAUGCACUGUACGAUGGAGUAUCAUGGCAGCUUAUUCGCGAGCACUUUGCAAACGCAUAUAAUGACCAGGCUAUUAGCGGUGUUGACUUCAAACAUGCCGUCAAAACAAUGCUCGACAUGGACGGCUCUACUGCCGGCGACUACUGGCAACAAUACUUUUCUGGCUUCAGCGGAGCGACGUUCCCCUCAAUACAACCAGGUGUCAAGGAUGUCGCAGCUGAUACCACCAUUCACAGCAAUUCCUUUGUGCUUCCCAGCGACAGAGGCUUCAAGUCCAGCGUGACACUUGCAUGUUUGGUGCGAGCCGCUUGGGCUUUAGUUGUCAACCAAUACACUGGAGAUGACGACAUUGUUUUCGGUUGUCUGUUGUCCGGUCGCAAUAUGGCCGUACCCGACGCCGAAAAGAUCGUUGGCCCUACGAUAGCAACCGUUCCGUUUCGUGUGAGAGUUCCGUCAAGCGAUCUGGCCCCAACAGUCACAACCUUCCUCCAACAAGUACAGGCCAUGGCAACCGUAAUGAUUCCGUUCGAGCAAACAGGCCUACAACACAUCGCCAAAUUCAGUGUCGAAUCGCAGCAAGCCUGCAAUUUCCAGACACUACUGAUUGUCAAUACGAUCAGCCCCGAGACUGAACAGAGCGACAGAAGUCUUGGAGAUUGGCUACCAAUGUUCAAGACGCGGGAAUUCACUACAUACGCAAUCACAAUUCAAUGCGACCUGUCUGCAACAGGUGGCAUACAUUUGGAAUGUUCUUUCGAUUCUAGGAAUAUGGAGCGGUGGAUGAUGCAAAGGAUGUUGGACCAUACCAGCUUCAUCAUUCAUCAGCUCGCAUCAGCUUCUGACGGCCAAGAGCUUCUUGGGCCGGAAAGCCUUAUGCCUUUGGACCACAAGCAAAUAUGGCGAUGGAACGAGAUUCUCCCUCCCAGAGUUGACGAGUGCGUUCAUGAAAUCAUUCAGCGUCAGAUUGAAAGUAACCGCAUGAGGCCGGCAGUACACUCUUGGGAUGGAAACUUGACCUACCAAGAGCUGGACGACGCCUCGAGACGCCUCGCCCACCGUCUCGUGGCCUCUGGAGUCAUUGAGGGUUCGCUUGUCCUUCUUUGCUUCGAAAAGUCAAUGUGGACGAUUGUUGCCAAACUAGCUGUACUUCGAGCCGGUGGUGCUUUCGUGCUGAUUGAGCCAUCGCUCCCGGGACACCGGCUGCAAAGCAUCAUUCGUCAGACAAGGUCAUUCCUAGCCCUUGCAUCUGCCAACACGACGUCUCUCAUAUCAUCCUUUGUCCAAGAAACAAUCGUUCUUGACGACUCGUUGAGAGAUCCAAUCACGGAGCCUUUGAAAUGCAUACUGCCGAAAGUAUCUCCAUCAUCAACUGUUUACGUCCCCUUCACAUCGGGGACGACAGGCGAGCCCAAAGGAAGCAUCAUCCCGCAUAGCUCAUACGCAUCAACUCUCCGCUAUCAAGCACACAGGCUAACCUGCCCUGAUGCUCGCGUUUUCGACUUUUGUCCAUAUUCCUUUGAUGCAUGCAUCAUGAACAGCUUGAUGACGCUGUCUGUCGGUGGGUGCAUCUGUAUUGCUUCAGGAAUCUGA